UGAAGUCGUAGCUUUGCAUUUGCCAACAAUGAAAGACUUGAUCAUAUUGCAUUUCGAUGAUUGCGCACUAACUGGUAGCAAUGCUGAUACACUUUUGUCAUCAUUUCGUAAUGGAGGUAACUUGAUAAAAUUAAGCCUCGGAAUGAAUGAUUUUUGCGGUUCAGCCAAAGACUGGGCGGUCCACUUGCAAGGGAUGAAACACCUCAUGAAACUCAGUUUAAAUGGAUGUUGCUUAGACCCGCGUGACGUAGUAGACAUUGCAUUGUCAACUGGGGAGUUGCCAAACUUGGCCAAGCUGAACCUUUCAGAGAAUAAGGGAUUGGGUGAAAAUGCUUUAACGUGGGCGGCUAGUUUGCAGUCGAUGAUUCACCUGAAAUCACUCGAUUUAUCGGAAUGCGGCAUAAAUAAACAAGAUAUACCACAUAUAACAUCAUCAGUUGGGGAGAUGCCAAACUUGGCCGAUCUUGACCUUUCAGACAAUAAGGAAUUGGGUGGUAACGCCGUAACGUGGGCGGCUAGUUUGCAGUCCAUGAUUCACUUAAAGAAGCUUGACAUGAGUAAUUGUAGCAUUAACAGUCGCGAUAUGAAAUAUAUCACCGAAUCAGUAAGUCGCAUGCGGAAUAUCGUGGAUUGUGAUUUCAGUAGUUACCCCGGAGUGUGGCGUGUACAGUCAUUGGGUAAUGGCAUAGAGUUGAGCAUCAAGAUGUUCUCACUCACUGGCAGGGAUAUGGCGGAUGUAUUGCAGUCAUUCAAUAAUCGGAGCGAUUUAGUCAGAUUGACCAUUGAUGGCAUUUGCGGACUGGGUGGUUCCGCAAGUAUCUGGACUCCACCCUUUCAAAACCUGACGGAACUUAAGAAGGUGGAGUUAAGUGAUUGCUCACUGCAAAACGCUGACAUUGAACACAUUGCUGCAGCAUUAGGUCAAGUACCAAACUUGGCCGAUCUAAAUCUUUCAAAGAAUUCGAACUUGGGCGGUAACGCAGGAAUAUGGGCGGCUAGUUUGCAGAGGAUGAUGCACCUGAAAUCACUCGGUUUAUCGGAAUGUGGCGUCAAUGGACAAGAUUUACUACAUAUUGCAUCAUCGGUUGGGGAGAUGCCAAACUUGGCCGAUCUAAAUCUUUCAAAGAAUUUGAACUUGGGCGGUAACGCAGGAGUAUGGGCGGCUAGUUUGCAGAGGAUGAUGCACCUUAAAUCACUCGGUUUAUCGGAAUGUGACAUAAAUGAACAUGAUAUACCACAUAUUGCAUCAUCGGUUGGGGAGAUGCCAAACUUGACCGAUCUUGUCCUUUCUAGUAAUAUGGGAUUGGGUGGAAAUGCUGAAAAGUGGGCGGCUAGUUUGCAGUCGAUGAUUCACUUAAUGGGGCUUCACAUGAGUCUUUGUAGCUUUAACAGUUGCGAUUUGAAAUAUAUUGCCGAAUCAGUAAGCCGCAUGCGGAAUAUCGUGGAUUGUGAUUUCAGUAGUUACCCUGGGGUGUGGCGUGUACAGUCAUUGGGUAAUGGCAUAGCGUUGAGCAUCAAGAAGUUCUCACUCACUGGCAAGGAUAUGGCGGAUGUGUUGCAGUCAUUCAAUAAUCGGAGCGAUUUAGUCAGAAUGACCAUUGAUGGCAUUUGCGGACUGGGUGGUUCCGCAAGUAUCUGGACUCCACUCUUGCAAAACCUGACGGAACUUAAGAAGGUGGAGUUAAGUGAUUGCUCACUGCAAAACGCUGACAUUGAACACAUUGCUGCAGCAUUAGGUCAAGUACCAAACUUGGCCGUUCUAAAUCUUUCAAAGAAUUCGAACUUGGGCGGUAACGCAGGAAUAUGGGCGGCUAGUUUGCAGAGGAUGAUGCACCUGAAAUCACUCGGUUUAUCGGAAUGUGGCGUCAAUGGACAAGAUUUACUACAUAUUGCAUCAUCGGUUAGGGAGAUGCCAAACUUGGCCGAUCUAAAUCUUUCAAAGAAUUCGAACUUGGGCGGUAACGCAGGAAUAUGGGCGGCUAGUUUGCAGAGGAUGAUGCACCUGAAAUCACUCGGUUUAUCGGAAUGUGGCGUCAAUGGACAAGAUUUACUACAUAUUGCAUCAUCGGUUGGGGAGAUGCCAAACUUGGCCGUUCUUAAUCUUUCAAAGAUUUCGAACUUGGGCGGUAACGCAGGAAUAUGGGUGGCUAGUUUGCAGAGGAUGAUGCACCUUAAAUCACUCGGUUUAUCGGAAUGUGGCGUCAAUGGACAAGAUUUACUACAAAUUGCAUCAUCGGUUGGGGAGAUGCCAAACUUGACCGAUCUUGUCCUUUCUAGCAAUAUGGGAUUGGGUGGAAAUGCUGAAAAGUGGGCGGCUAGUUUGCAGUCGAUGAUUCACUUAAAGCGGCUUGACAUGAGUCUUUGUAGCAUUAACAGUCGCGAUUUGAAAUAUAUCGCCGAAUUAGUAAGUCGCAUGCGGAAUAUCGUGGAUUGUGAUUUCAGUAGUUACCCUGGGGUGUGGCGUGUACAGUCAUUGGGUAAUGGCAUAGAGUUGAGCAUCAAGAAGUUUUCACUCACUGGCAAGGAUAUGGCGGAUGUGUUGCAGUCAUUCAAUAAUCGGAGCGAUUUAGUCAGAAUGACCAUUGAUGGCAUUUGCGGACUGGGUGGUUCCGCAAGUAUCUGGACUCCACUCUUGCAAAACCUGACGGAACUUAAGAAGGUGGAGUUAAGUGAUUGCUCACUGCAAAACGCUGACAUUGAACACAUUGCUGCAGCAUUAGGUCAAAUACCAAACUUGGCUGAUCUAAAUCUUUCAAAGAAUUCGAACUUGGGCGGUAACGCAGGAAUAUGGGCGGCUAGUUUGCAGAGGAUGAUGCACCUGAAAUCACUCGAUUUAUCGAAAUGUGACAUAAAUGAACAAGAUAUACCACAUAUUGCAUCAUCGGUUGGGGAGAUGCCAAACUUGGCCGAUCUAAAUCUUCCAAAGAAUUCGAACUUGGGCGGUAACGCAGGAAUAUGGGCGGCUAGUUUGCAGAGGAUGAUGCACCUGAAAUCACUCGAUUUAUCGAAAUGUGACAUAAAUGAACAAGAUAUACCACAUAUUGCAUCAUCGGUUGGGGAGAUGCCAAUCUUGGCCGAUCUUAACCUUUCAGGCAAUAAGGGAUUGGGUGGAAAUGCUGAAACGUGGGCGGCUUGUUUGCAGAAGAUGAUUCACCUGAAAUCACUCGCAUUACGGGGCCUUUGA